UACGUGCCGCUCCCUUCCGGUAUGUUACGUGUUACUUUCAUUUUUAACACGGAAGAGAGGCACUUACUGGAGUCUAUAUUGAAUUUUAUUAAAAAAAAAAAAAAAAAAUGAAUUUCCACUUUAUUUUGCUAUCAGUGUACUUAUUUUUUCCUGAACAUGGGAGAUCUGGUGUUGAGACUGAUGAAGUGCUGGUGUUAGUGAUGGAGGGAGAUUCAGUCACUCUUCACACUGGUAUUAAAAAAACCCAGGAAGACAGAAUCAGAUGGUAUUUCAAUGAGACUCGCAUCGCUCAAAUUAAUGGAGAUCCCAGUAAGACCUGUACAGAUGUCCAGUGUAAUAAAGGUACUGAGAGAUUCAGAGACAGACUGAAGCUGGAUCAUCAGACUGGAUCUCUGACCAUCAGGAACACCAGAACCACAGAUUUGGGAGUUUAUCAACUGAAGAUCUUCAGCAGCAGCAGCAUCAGAGAAAAGACAUUCAGCGUUUCUGUCCGUGGUGUUUCUGCUGCUGAACGAGAAGACAUGAUGAGAAAGUCAGUGAAGGAGGGAGAAUCUGUCACUUUAGAUCCUGCCGUAAUGAAGAACCCAAAUGAUGUGAUGACGUGGUAUUUUAAUGACACUCGCCUCGCUCAGAUCACCGGAGAGCCCAAUAAGACCUGCACAGAUUUUCAUUGUCCUGAGAGAUUUAGAGACCGACUGAAGCUGGAUCAUCAGACUGGAUCUCUGACGAUCACAAACACCAGAACCACAGACUCUGGACUUUAUAAACUACAGAUCAGCAGCAGUGGUCAUCGUCGUCGCCGCAGCAUCAGCAGUGUAAAGAGCUUCGACGUUACUGUCAUCAAUUCAGGUGUGUCUCCAGCUGCUGUAGCAGGAGUAUGUGUUGUUCUUCUGCUGGUGUCUGCAGCAGCUGCUGUGAUUUACCAUCGCCACAGGAGGACAUUCGUGCCAGAUUCAGAAACUUCUCACUCAAUGACAAAGCACCUUACUUUUUAACUUCUUCUUAUGAAACUGUGAAAUUGCCUGUAACUGGAAGCAUACCAUGGUUAUAAAAUGUUUACACACCUCUGUUACAGUUUUAGGCUUUUAAGAUGUACGGAAUUAAUCCAACUUAAAUCAUAUAAGAUAUUUUUCAUCCUUUAAUGCAGCAUUAAAACCAUCUAAGGUAAAUAGACACUUUCAAGAACAAAUGUAAGAACCUUUCCUGGACCUUUCCCCUUCUGAAGCCAGUCUUUAUUCUCUUAAAAUGUUCUUCAUCUUCAGAUGUUAAUGGAGGCCUGCAGGUUUCAUGUCAAAUUGUCUGUGAUGUUGGUUUCAUCAGAAAGUUUAAGAUAUAGUCUCAGGGACCUUACACACUGAACCUGUUAUCUGUUCCACUGCCGUACUUUCUGAAUGUUUUCUGUGUAAUCACAAGCUAGACAGACGUUAAAUAAUGACCUCCGUCUGGCCACCCGACCCCAUACAGCCCAGAAAUGUGUUGAAUGCACAAUGUUGUUUUCACAUGCAGCAAAUGACCAGUUAUUUUUGCACACUUUUAUUUUAUUGGUUCCUACCGUUUCAAAACUAGAUCUCCAAUAUGUCUUUUGUGAGCUCUUGGCAGGCCAUGGCUUCAUCAAUAAGAUGCAAACAAGAAUAUAAUGAGAAAAUCUUACAGAAAUGUUGAAACAUUUCUGAUAUUAUCUGCAAUUUUAACAGCCACUGCAGUGGAUAACUGUGUAUCUGUGUGAUGAUCGAUGCAAUCUGACUUCUGUUAAUAGACUAUUGUUGGUUAACUGGUUUUGUAUUUUUAUGAUUCAUUUUCUGGUCUUUGCACAAAAAAAAAAAUAGCAUUCUAAUUAUAAAGUGUUAUAUCAUUGAAUUGUAUACUGUAUACAAUCCCUUUUUUUCAAUAGAGAAAUUAGUUUUUUAUAAUUCAAUAAAAACCUUUAAAACAAAUCAACCACAGACUCAUCAGUAAUAAAAUAAAGUACAAUGUAAGGUAAAGCACAAACACACACACACACACACUCCUUUGAUCAAAAAUGUGGUUUACAGUAUUUUACUCUCUCUCUCUCUCUCUUUGUGAAUUCUCUAUUGACAAAAUAAAUGGGAAAAUACUGGAAAA